UUCCAGCCGUUACAGCUGCCGGCACCGCAGAAAACGGCGCGGAUUCUUACCGCCCCUCGUCUCCGCUGCCAUCGUAGCUUCUCAGUUCCGUCUCCAAGGGUCGCCAUGGAGCUUGAUCUCCCGCCACAACAGGUCCCGCAGCUCACAGACCUCGCCGCCGCCAUCCACCACGCAGCGGCUGCCGCUACCGCGCUAUCCACGCCCUCUCCGUCCUCCCACGCCGCCGCCGCGGUGGCCGCCCUCCGCGACGCCCACGCCGCCAUCGGCUCCUUCCUCUCCAGACUCGACACGGCCGCCGCGUUGUCCUGCGACGAUCAGCCCAUGGCGGAGGGCGGCCAGGAGCCGGAGGAAGAUGGGGAGGGGGAGCACAUGGUCGGGGAAGUGGAGGAGGGGCUCCGGGACUGCGUCCUGCAGGGGAGCAAGAGGCGGAAGCGGCCCGUGCCGCCGUCGUGGCCCCUAGGACGCCGCAAGAGCGGCGGUUGCGAGGCCGCAGAGGCGGCCGCCGCGCCGGUGCUGGACGUCGAGGGGCGGCGGCGCGCGGCCAUGAAUCUACUGCUACAGUUCCAUGCUUGGUGCGUAGGAGGUGAGUUACUUUCGUGUUUCGUCGCAGUACUUUAUUGUCUGAAUUAAAGAUUUGAUGGUAAAAUUGUGAGUGAGAAUUGCCAUUCUGGGUAUUUUUAUCCAGAAAUCAUCAAUGUCAAGUUGGUUUCAAAUACGAUGAUGAGAUUGAAAUGCACUAUAACAAGAAAUCAACCAAAUGUAUUCAGAAUUUCAGAUUUGGCCAACGGCUAAUUCUAGAUACAGCUCUAGGUAGGUUGUGGAAAGAAAAUGAUGGUUGAUUAAAAAGCGUGUUUUGUGAUGCUACUAAAAAUAUAGAAGCACUAAUGGAAACUGAACUGUGAAAUCUAAGAACUGCUACUCUGCUAGGCUGCUUGCAUUUCUGCCUUCUUGAGGAGGAUAAUUAGUAUGUCAACAAACUUUAGACAACUUUGUCCAAAGUUUUCGUACAGCAAAGAACUAAAAUCAGAAGUUCAUGUGCAGUUGUUUUGAAAGUGGCUGGGGUUUGUCUGGAAUAACGAGACACAGAGUUAGUGGCCUCAGUAGGUAUUUUAUUUGGUGCUCCUUGGCAGGCCAGUAAUCUAGAGUGUUGACAGGGAAAUUCUUGAAGAUCAUAGUAAACAUUGGGAGUACAAGCACACAAGUAUUGGGCUGUGUUUUAACUAAUACUCAUUCGACUUGAUACUAAGCAUUCUUGAUUUUAAAUUUCACUAUCCAUGUGUAUCGACAUUCCAUACACUAGAUAUAAUUCUUUUGAAUGCUAAGCACUGAAUAAACCUAA